AUGCGGCCUUUGGGAAUCUGGUGGCCACUCCUCAGUCUCUUGGCAGAACCAUGUGUUGGAGGAGUCGCGCAACACCGUCUCACAUAUCUUCGCCCACUUCUGGCCCAGAAGGAUCCGGCUCACAUCGCGGCAAACUUUCCCGAUGUCGACGACGUAAUAUUGUCGCCCGCGUUCACAUCUCCAGACACCGUACCUGAGGGUUUCCGCCAUGGAAUCUCGGGGCCGACGCCUCAGAAUGUUCUCGAGGACUGGCUGAAGACCCUGGCCGCCAGGAAUGACUGGAUGAGCUACCAGGAACCAGACUUUACGUCCGAAGAAGGACGAUCUAUCCCUUUCGUCAGCUUGUCAAGCGCCUCACCACAGUCACUACCUUCAAUUGAUAAUUCUAAUCACACUAACAACUCCUCCAAGCUGCGGAUCUGGCUCACUGGCGGCGUCCACGGAGACGAGCCAGGAGGCGACCAAGCCAUCCUCGCCCUCCUCGGCAAACUCGACGCCAACGCCUCCUUCGCCUCUGCCCUCCUGGACAAGGCCGACCUCAUGAUCCUCCCUCACUACAACCCCGACGGCGUCGCGCGAUUCCAACGCACCCUUGCCAACGGAGCCGACCCCAACCGCGACCACACCGCACUCGCCCACCAGCAGACCGUCGACAUCAAACGCCUCCAGAACAGGUUCGCGCCGCACGUCGGCAUCGACUGCCACGAGUACUAUGCCAACCGCCGCCACGGGAGGCACGCCGACCUCCUUUUCGCCCAGGACGCCAUGGUCUCGUCCAUGAAGAACCUCAACGUCCACCCGACCAUCCGCGCCCUCUCCCAGACGCUAUUCGUCGACCGCAUGGGUGCGGCGAUGGACGCGAGGGGCCUGCGAUGGGGGCAGUACGUGACCCGGCCGAAUGCGUCUGAGAUGGUGCUCCUCGAGAUGGGGACGGAUGCCAAGAUGGACACGCACGUCGCGCUGGGCCAGGGGGUGCAGAUCCUCACGGAGACGAGGGGCACGCAUCUCGGGGAGCAGCAUUUUCGACGACGGGUCGCGACGGGGCUGGUGCUCUUGGAGGCGGCGAUGGAGGCGGUUGUUGAGCAUGCUGGGACGAUUUACGACACGGUUGAGGCGGCGCGGGCCGAUUUUAUCGAGAGUAGGGAGGAUAUCGUCGUGACGGACCGUCAUAGAAUGAUGGAGGCCAACUGGAUGUUUAUUGAUUCUGCUUCAGGGGAGAUCACGGACGUCCCUGUGCUGUUUGGCAAUAGCACGCCUGUUGAGGCUGAGCUCACGCGUCGCCGCCCAGAGGCAUACAUUUUUGGUCCGGAAUGGGCCAGCGUUGCCGAGAAGCUGCGCAUUGCCGGUGUCCAGGUCGAUACGCUCACUGCACCGUUCCAAGGGGAGGUUGAGGCGAUACACUUACACGGAUCAGGAGACGAGGUGGUACCGCAGGAGGAGACGACGCCCCGGGUAAUCGCUAAUACGGAGGUAAUACGGAAGGAGGUGCAGAUACCCGCAGGCGGGUUUCGGGUCAGCACGAGACAGAGAAUGGCAGCGCAAGUGUUUGCCAGGUUGGAGCCAGAGAGUGUGGACUCUUUCGCCGCGUUCCGGCUGCUUCCUGCGUCUCCUGGGGAUGAAUACCCCGUCUACAGAGUAAUGUCCUAG